AUGCAUUUUUGUAACUAUAAACAAUCAAUAGAAAAAAUACAAACAGCUAAACGAUCACAUAUCGAGGCAAUGGAUGCUUUAAUUUCUACAACACUGAAGUUUCUUACUGCUGCCGAAAUUUUUGAAAAUGAAAAUCUUUUGCCUUACUCCGAAAUAUUAAAUAUGCUUCAAGAGCAAACAAAAGUCCAAGCCGAGAUCUCAAAUGUUUUACCUUUGUUCAUUUCAAACGAUGUUAAUUCACCAACUGCUUACGAUGCAAUCCGUAGCUUCUUCCAAAAUCAUUUCCUUCCCGAAUUAAAGAACAUAAAGUCGUACUAUGUUUCUACAUUUGAUAAUGAUUUCUCAGCUAUUCAGAAAAUGAGUACAGAAUUAAAUGUUGUUGAACAAAAUUACAAAGCAGCCGAUGCUGAACAUCAGAAACUCGUUAAUAAUUUAGAGAAGCAUCAUGGCAACAAGAAACAAGAAGAUCUCUUCAAUACAGAAGCUUUUCAAUAUAAAACAGUCCGCCAAGCAUGUGUAGAUUCUAUUGAUGCGUACAAUAAAAAGAAAUACGAAUACGAACUAGAAUGUGAUAAAUUCUUUUCAAAAUACGAAGAAUUGGAACAUUCAAGAAUGGAAAAAAUGAAAAUUUUAUUCCUAAACUUAUCGGAAGUGCUUACGAAGGGCUGCGAAAAAGCAAAAGAUCUCGGGCAUAAUAUAAAUUCGGCUUACGACAACAUAAAAUGCAGUAUGGAGUACGAUGAGAUCAUUAAAUACGAAGUGUUACGUAAAACUCAUCUCCCUGAGAAACAUAAUCCCAUUAAAAACGAAUUCUCUUUCAAUAUCUACGAAUUCAUUGAUCCAUCCAAGAUUUUCACUUCAGAGCUACAUGAAACGUAUGCGAUAUCCCAGAUCGACAUCCUCGUAAACCAGACAAAAUUGGCGUCCGUUGGCGAAAAAGUUAAAGUUAUUUCAGAAGAAGACGGAUAUCUCUUAUAUAAUCAGGAUAAGACGGUCAAGACCAUAGUGGCAAAAGAUCUAUUUCAGGUGCCGGAGAAAUACAAACGAUACAUUGCCAAAAUCGUUGACGAAGAAAAUCCAUCAAAAAACACUGUUUGCGUUUUGGAAACAGAUGAAAAUUGCCAGUGUAUCACCAUGGAUAAGGAAAUCAUAUAUGUGCCGUUAGAAAAGAUAAAAAAGUUAUAA